CCCCAUGAAAUCUCGUAACCGUUCAAAAAUCAGAGUUUCAGCUCAACCUUGGACUGAGUCACGCAGCGGUACUGCCACAUUGGCACCGACAAAGACUGAUUCCCUGCCGUCAGUUGUGUUUCUUUGAACCGCAUAUACUUUGUUGCUGGCGCGCCCCAAUACCAGGGUUCGAGCUGCCUUGAAAAUCUGAGAGGGGAGGGGUACGGACUCAGUUCCCGAAGCUUCAUUACUAACUCGUUCCCCCUAUUUUGGGCUUGUUGCUCCUGAAUGCGCCUUCGACACGACAUCCCUCGCUAUCCAUUUUUCGAUUGCCAGCCAAAAUGGGCUCUUUUGGUGAGGUCACCGAGUUCGGCCACGGCUUCAAGGCUCAAUUCUUAUUUGAUCCCAAAUAUAACAACUUGAAUCAUGGUUCAUUCGGUAGUUACUCACUACCUGUCCGCAAUGCGCUACGAGGGUAUCAGAAAUUGGCCGAGGCCGCCCCAGAUAAAUUCCUUCGCUACCAAUAUAUUGAUCUUUUGGAUAAGUCGAGGGAGCGGAUAGCGAAGCUUCUCAACGUGCCCGCAGACGAGUGCGUUUUUGUGCAGAAUGCUACAUCCGGUGUCAACACCGUUUUGCGCAAUUUGCAGUACAAGGAGAAGGACUGCAUCAUCUAUUUCGAUACCAUCUACGGGGCCGUUGAGAAGACGCUGGCUUCCAUUGUCGAGACAAACCCGCAACUCCAGCUUCGCAAGGUCGGACAUGGACAAGACUUUGCCUACUCACUACCUUGCACGCAUUCCGAGAUCCUCAAUGCUCUGUCACAGACAAUAUCGCGAGUCUUGUACGAUGGGUUGAAUCCCAAGGUUUGUGUUUUUGAGACGAUAGUGUCGUUGCCCGGAGUGCGGUUCCCGUUUGAAAGGAUCACCAAAAUGUGCAAAGAAUAUGGUAUUCUUAGUCUGAUCGAUGGGGCCCACGGGGUUGGCCAGAUACCCCUGAACUUGUCCCAGCUCGACGCCGACUUUUUCGUCAGCAACUGCCACAAGUGGCUAUUUACCCCACGAGGCUGUGCCGUUUUCCACGUGCCCAAGCGUAAUCAACACCUCAUUCGAACCACCUUUCCGACCUCACAUGGUUUUGUGCCCCAGGCAUCAUCGCCGAUUCGGAACCCUCUCCCACCGAGCGACAAAUCAGAUUUUAUCAAUCUAUUUCAGUUUGUUGCUACUGCAGACAAUACCCCUUACUAUUGUGUCCCGGCAGCCCUCAACUUCCGGCAAAAUUUAUGCGGUGGUGAGGAAGCCAUCUACAACUACAUCCGGGACAUCGCCCAAAGAGGGGCCGACCUCCUUGCCAUGCUUCUCGGGACUGAAGUCAUGGACGACUUGGAUGCCGGAUAUGGAUUGCGAACGAUGGGAAGCUACGAAGCCAGUGAUAAGCGCGAUGGAGGACGGAUUGGUUGGGCUGGCGGCAUCAGGGACUGUGCCAUGGCCAACGUGCUCCUGCCAAUCACCAUCAUUGGCGCCUAUUCUCGGGGAAGCCUCAGCAUGGGACCUGGUGGAGCCGGAAGUGCAGGUGGGCUGUCUCCCGCUUUCCGACAGUCGUCGUACGGAUUCCCCAGUGCCAGCGUUGCUUCGCAGCUUCGAUCAUCUUCUGCCAGCUCGGGAGGAAACCUCGGCGAACCCCGACGGUCCAAUUCGCCUCUCAAUUCUCCGAGUCUACAUUCGGCGGGUCCGAUCAUCAUCCAGGAAGCAGACGUAGCUACCCAUGUUGCCUGGAUGGAGAAGACGCUGGUGGACGAGUUUAACACGUUCGUCGCCAUCUAUGAAUACGACGGCAAACUGUGGACUCGAAUCUCGGGCCAAAUCUAUCUGGAACUCAAGGACUUUGAGUGGCUGGGAGGAGUGCUGAAAACACUGUGUGAACGAGUGCGCAAUGGAGAGUCUCUGCGGGGGAGAGCAAGGACACCGGGGAUUGAGAAGGCCGAGUUCGAGGCAUUGAGCUUGAAGUCGCCUUUUGCAUCGAGACAAAACACUGGUGAGGUGCUCAAGCGGUUCGAUGUCACCCAGGGAGGAUGGGUCGAUGCAUGAAUGAAGGAUGAGUUGUCCUGGGUUAUGUGGCGUCUGGCCGGGUUGCAGCAACGAAGUAUGGACCUUCACCGUCUUUAUUUUAUAUUCCCCCUCUUUUCGAGCUACACGUGUCCCAUCUGGAGUCCGGGGGAGGGCCGAGGAGAUGGUCGCAACCAUCAGGGCGCCAGCGGUCACGGAUGUGGCCUAGUUGCGGAGAAGAGCAACGGAUGAUUGACGUCUUGGGGUUGUACAUGUUUGUCAUGGGAAAUGCCUGGGUACCAUAGUUUUUGCGUAUGAAUACUACCGCCGCGCUGAUGGUCAGUGGUGGACAUGGCGUCAAGGGUCGAGGCAAUUCCGCCAUUUCAAGUACUCGUCAG